UCUCAAUAAAGCAGCUGUUUCCAUAAACAAAUUAAGGAUGUUUCUCCUAGUCAGUUAAUAAGAGUGAUAGUUAUGAGUGAACGUACCCUUAUUUAAAUUUUACAUACACGAAUGAGUUUUAGUUUAGAAAUCGUUGGACAAUGGGGACGGCAGCCAGUAGGAACCCGGACGGAGAAAGAGUAAAAAGAUAUAAGAAGAACGACCGCCCUUGGAAGACAGAAGGAGAGUUCAAAUUAAAAUGCAGAACGACCGGGAAGGGAGAAAAAAUCCGUAUGCAAUCACCGUCAAAAAACAAAAACGAAAAUAAAAAUUCAUUUCUAAAGAAGAAACGCGAUAACGGGAAAAACGAUGGCACGGGAGUUAAAAAGGAUAAAAAGCUUUGUAAGUCCAGGUCGAUAACAAAAGAGCCUCGCGAGGAGAAAGUCCAUGUCGUCGAUUGUCCAAGUAAAGUGAGUAAACGUGUGCUGCCGUCGCCUUCUCCGCCUCCACCGUCGCCAAUUUCCUUGCCACGUUCUUUUAAAGCCGACUGCAACGCGAGUCCUUACAGGCCUGUUGAAUUAAGCAAAAGUCUGGAGCCAUCGCCGGCCCCAAGUGCGAACCAUGUGAAAGCUCGGUUGUCGAAGUCAGGAAAAGCCGAUUCGAAACUGAACGAUCGCAUCCAGUCUUUGUUCGAACAGGACAUCCUACCCGACCUACCAAAUUGGAAGGAUAAGGAAGAGGAGACGAUAAACGUGGACGUUAAAGCUCAAAUCAAAAGCUUGGAAGAUUUGACUAAAAGAGCCAGAUCGAAGUCACCGUGUUUGCUUGCGGCCAAACAAAUCAACUGUUCUAGUGAAACUUCCGUCACGUCCUCUACAUAUUCGAACGAAGAAUUGAACAGCACAGAAGUUGUAUGGUCGGGUUCAAAGCGUUCCUUCAUAGAAUCGACGUCAGAAAACACCCUCUCGUCCUCGUUGCCCUCGUUAACGUCGAACCAGAAGAGAGCAGACGAGAAAUGGCAAAAUAAAGAGAACCAAAAGGAAGAGAGGUUCAGACAACUCGAGGAGCUCGGACUUGGCUUCGUACAAGAGGGAAAAUGGAUUCCGACCGAUGUGAUCUCCCGAACGAUAUGGAACGGAGUUGCAAAAACAAAAGGAUGCUGUGCUCAAUGGAACCGUCAACAGUCGAAGACUUUUAAAGACCCCAAGUUAUUGCGUGACCAACAAUAAAACCACAAUACUGAUUUAUUAUUUAA